UUUUCUCCUCCUCUGAUCUAGUGAUCACCCCAAGCAACGCCAAUCCUAGCAUCUCGUGCACAUCGAACACUGACAUCCGAUUUAAUGCUCCUUUUUCUCCUCUUCUGAUCUAGUGAUCUCUCUAUUCUCUACACUCGUUUAAGGAAAAUAAAGAGUUCGUCUCUUGUCCUGACGUGUAGAAAAGUAGUCUGUGUAAUCUAUUUUUUUUUCCCUGAUAAAGCUGAUAAAGCUGCAAGUAGCAUUUACAAUUUCAGUUUCCCACCUAUUGGAAACUGGAAGCAGUGACAAGGAAAUUAACAUCAUCAAUGCUUAUUGAAGAGGGUUUCAAUUGUGGGUUCACGUCCGGCCCAGAUUACUUCAUCAUCAGUUCUCUUUGGCCUUAUUGACUCCUGCACGGCAGUAAAAAACCCAGAUAAUUCCGAGUUGGGGGUCUUGAUUUGUAAGGAAAUGGGGGAGGCAUGUGAAGACUGUUGGAGUUGUGAUGAGUAUUCCUAUUGGACCUAUUUUGAGAGCCUCCGGUUCUCUCAGUUUCUACGUGGUGAUUUUCAUCAGCGUCUAGCAAUCCCUGAAUAUUUUACUAGAAAUUUGAAGAGGAAGCUACCUGAAAGAGUGACUCUUAAAGGUCCUAGUGGCAUUUCAUGGAAUGUAGACUUGAUGACGAGCGAUAAUGUAAUGUUCUUCAGUCGUGGUUGGAAAGAUUUUGUGACGGAUCAUGUUUUGGAGGAUGGUGAUGUCUUGAUCUUCAAAUUAAAUGCAGAUUUAUCUUUUGAUGUGUUAAUGUUUGAUGGCCGGAGCUUGUGUGAGAAGGCAAAAUCAUAUUUUGUCCAGAAAUGUGGGCAUGAAAAACAGACCAGUGGAUGCCAUAAGGAAGGAAAAGUUGGAGGAAGUUCUACCGAAGUUGUUAUUCCAUUGCCAGGGGAUGUCAUUGGAGAUAAUCCGCUGCAAAAAUCUAUAUCUGAUGAUGGUGAUGCCAUACCAUUUGGACGUCCUUUUGUGCCCAAAGAUGUUGGUGCAAUACCAUUAGCACAUCCUUUUGUUUCCCAAGCUACUUGCAAAGAAUCACUGAAGCAAUGCCAGACAAAAAGGAAAACUCCUGAAAGUUCAAAUGUUCUUGACCAUUCUCCGGUUAGUGGUGUAGGCAGUUCCCGAAAGAAAUCUAUAAAUGAUGACUUUGAUGACAUACCCAUAGGUCGUUCCAUUGUGCCCCAAGCUUUUCUUAAGAAGUCUAUGAAGGAACGUGUGUUUUCUAAGCCCAGAAGUUCCAGAUGGAGUAUGAGAACCCGUGGACUUUCCCUUUUAGAAAGGGAAGCACGAUCCAAUGCUGGUGCUGCAAUUACACCCAUAGUGAUUGAUGUAGAUGCUCCUCACACAUCAAUCAGUAAAAAGGCACGGUACAGUAAGCAAUAUGAAUCAAAUAGAAGGCCUGUUACUGAAGAAGAGAAGAAGAAUGCGUUGUGGUUAGCGGAAGCAGCUUUGACCUCUGAAGGUUUUAUGGUAGCUAUGAAACCCACACAUGUAUACAAGAGAUAUUUCAUGACAAUUCCUUCUGUUUGGAUCAAGAAGCAUUUGUCUCUGGAGCAUCAAGAUGUGAUCUUACGCAUAAAAGACAAUAUAUGGCAUACCAAAUUCAGUUAUAUCAAGGCUCGUGGCUUUGGAGGGCUAGAUCGUGGAUGGAAGAACUUUGCUAUUGAUAAUAAUUUAGAAGAGUUCGAUGUAUGUGUAUUUGAACGCGGCAGCGACAUGAAUGAUUGCACUCUCUUUGAUGUCAACAUCUUUCGCGUUGUCCAGGAAGUCCGUCCUUUGGUUCCUGUGUAGGUGGUGGUGAAGAUAAGCAGCAGCGCGUAAGAGAAACAUGUAGGGCAUCUAGAAAGUGAAGGAAAGCCUCGACUCUUUUGGUACUGUCUCUUUACAUAAACAUAUUGCAUGUUUUAACAUUUAACACAAGCAGCAGAGGCAAGAACAUAUAUAAGUUGUGUAUUGUUGUACUGCAUUUGGGUUGUGUUUGUGGUACUGCUAUUCAAGAAGUUUAUUUGCUUCGGUGCUUGAGUUGUUUGUGGUA